AUGGCAGUCCUGGGCAUCGAUAUUGGCACUCAAAACUCCGUGCUCGCCACCAUUCACCGCGGAGUUGUCUCAGUCGUCCGCACGGAGCUCGCGGACCGCCUCACUCCUUCUUUAGUUCUUUUCUCCCAAGGCCACAGACUUAUGGGCGACCAUGCCGCCCCCUUGGUGCGCAGCCAAGCAAAAGCCUGCUGCCGCUCCUUCAAAAACCUGCUGGGCGAAGUCUUCAGCGAGUCUUCGCGAGUGCCGCGGGAGCAGAAGUUCCAGCUGGCGGAGGUCGCGGAAGCUCCGGGAGGCGUCGCCGGAUUCAAGGUGCGGACGGGCGCCGGCGAGGAAGUGCUGCCGGCGAGCCGCGUGUGCGGGGCCUUCCUCACGAAGCUGCAGCAACUCGCGGAGGCCGCCACGGGAAGAACUGCGAAGGAAGUGGUGCUGUCUUGUCCCUGCUGGUUCCGCGAGCGGAACCGGCAGGCGCUGCUGGACGCGGCGCGGGUGGCGGGCCUGAGUUGCCUGCGCGUCGUCAGCGACUUGACCGCGACGGCGCUGGACUACGGGCUCUACCGGCGGCAGCACUUCACGGAGAAGCCGACGGUGGUGGCGUUCGUCUCCGUGGGCCACUCUGCUGCUGCUGCUUCCGUUGCUGCCUUCACUGCAGCAGGAGGCGAAGUGCUCGCGGAAGUCUCGAACCCAGACUUGGGGGGCCGCGACUUGGACUUGUUAAUAGCGCAGCACUUCGCCAAGAUCUUCGAGAAGCAGCACGGGCUCAACCCCCUCGAGAACCUCAAGGCGAGGCUCAAGCUGGAGGACCAGGCGGAGCGGACGAAGAAGAUCCUGUCUGCGAACAGCGAAACGACCUUUGCAAUUGAAUGCCUCAUGGAAGACAGAGACCUUUCGGGAUUAAUAACUCGCGAAUUGUUUGAAGAGCUUUGCGCGAACACAUUUAAGCCUUCGCUGCUGAAGCUACUGCAGCAGGCGCUGAACAUCAGCGGUUUGCAAGCUGCCGACAUCGCCUUCGUUGAGGCCGUCGGGGGCUGCACCAGAAUCCCUUGGAUUCAAAAGUGCAUCAGUGAGGCUUUUGGAAAAGAAAUUUCGCGGACUCUUUCGGGCGACGAGUGCGUGGCCAGGGGCUGCGCCCUCCAGGCAGCAAUGGCGUCGCUGCACUUCAAAGUCAAGGAGUUUGACUUUGGAGAAAAGCUGUGGCACCCAGUGGCCCUCAGAUGGACUGGAGAGGGCCCCGUGCAGUGCAGCACGCAGCAGAUGGAGGGGGGCCCCCCGGGGGACCCCCAGGAGGGGGCCCCCCCUGCUGGCUGCCGCGAAAUAGAACUUCCUUUGGGGACUCCCACGAACACUUUGCGCAAAAUAACAUUUAUCCGAAGUGCUUCCUUCGAGGUGCAUGCAGCUUACAAAGAUUUGGACCCAAACAGCGUUUCUGCAGACCUAGGAAGACUGACGGAAAAAGAAGUGCUGGAGUUCCGGGAAAUGGAGUUGGAAAUGAUUAAUGAAGAUCGGGUUCAUCGGGAAAAACAAGAAAAGUUGAACGAGCUGGAAACUGCGGUGUACGUACUCCGCGACGGGCUCGCGGGGCCCCUCAGCAACUUCGCCUCUCCAAAUGAAAAACAAAAUUUAAAUAAAGUUUUGGAAGAAGUUGAGAGUUGGGUGUACGAACACCAGCAGGACCCGCAGCUCACCAAGACCGCCAUUGCGCAGCAGCUGCAGCAGCUCGCUGCUCUUGCUGCUCCCGUCCAGCACAGGCAGCAGCAGCAGCAGCGACGCCAGGCCGCUGCGGAGAAACUCCGCGCCACCAUACAGGAGUGCCGGCACACAGCGACAGCAGCAGCUCCAGAAUAUGCCCAUAUUGAGCAGCAAGUGAUGCAGCAGCUGCUGCAGGCAGCCGAAGCAGACGAAGGCUGGCUCAACAGAGUGAUGCAAGAAGCUGCUGCGCAGCCGCCAACAGAAAACCCCACAGUUUUGGCAGAGACAAUUGAACAAAGAAAUUCAGAUCUUUUUGCAUUUAUGAAAAAGAUCUGCUCCACUCCCAAACCCAGACCUGCUGCCAGCCCUGCGCCUCCUGCUGCUGCUUCUGAAGACGAAAUGGAUGUCGAGGGGGCCCCGAGGCAGCAGCAAGAAGAAGCAGCAAAAGGAGAAAAUGCAAAAUGUGAUCAAGAGUUCAAAGAGCCGAUGGUUGAGGAGCCCAGCGACCCCUGA